AUGGUUCCUCUCCAAUCAUUUAAUCCAUACCUAGCCAUCAUUUUACUAUUGUUCCACCUCUUACAUUUUUCAUCCAUUGAAGCCCAAAAUGACGGGUUCACUGUUAAACUCAUUCGGAAGUCAUCUCACCUUUCAUCUAACAAUAUUCAAGAUAUUGUACAAGCACCUAUAAAUGCAUAUAUUGGCCAAUAUCUCAUGGAGUUGUAUAUUGGAACUCCACCAAUAAAAAUAUCAGGUACCGUAGACACGGGAAGUGACCUGAUAUGGGUCCAAUGUGUACCUUGUUUAGGGUGCUACAACCAAAUAAACCCUAUGUUUGAUCCUCUAAAAUCUUCAACAUACACUAAUAUCUCAUGUGAUUCUCCAUUGUGCUACAAACCUUACAUAGGUGAGUGUUCUCCUGAGAAACGGUGCGAUUACACCUAUGGCUAUGCAGAUAGUUCUCUAACCAAGGGUGUUCUUGCACAAGAAACAGUUACCUUAACAUCAAACACGGGGAAACCUAUUUCCCUUCAAGGAAUUCUUUUUGGUUGUGGACAUAACAACACAGGGAAUUUUAAUGACCAUGAGAUGGGUCUCAUUGGUCUUGGAGGAGGACCAACGUCACUUGUUUCUCAAAUAGGUCCUUUAUUUGGAGGCAAAAAGUUUUCUCAAUGUUUGGUUCCUUUCCUCACCGACAUAACAAUUUCAAGCCAAAUGAGUUUUGGAAAAGGGAGUGAAGUGUUAGGGGAAGGCGUGGUUACUACACCUUUAGUUCAACGUGAACAAGAUAUGACAUCAUAUUAUGUUACAUUACUAGGUAUUAGUGUGGAAGACACAUAUCUUCCCAUGAAUAGUACUAUUGAAAAGGGUAACAUGUUGGUUGAUUCGGGAACACCACCGAAUAUAUUACCACAACAAUUGUAUGAUAGAGUGUAUGUUGAAGUCAAAAACAAAGUUCCAUUGGAACCCAUUACGGAUGAUCCAAGUUUGGGUCCUCAACUUUGCUAUCGUACACAAACUAAUCUUAAAGGGCCAACACUUACAUACCAUUUUGAAGGUGCAAAUUUACUUUUAACGCCGAUCCAAACGUUCAUUCCACCAACUCCAGAAACAAAAGGUGUUUUUUGCUUGGCAAUAACCAACUGUGCUAAUAGUGAUCCCGGCAUUUAUGGUAAUUUUGCACAAACAAACUACUUAAUAGGGUUUGAUCUAGAUAGACAAAUAGUAUCUUUCAAGCCAACAGAUUGCACCAAACAAUAG